AUGUCUGAAUUGAAACAGCCGCCAUCCACGUCCAAUAACUAUAUAGAUGUGGAACAGAAAAAAAAGAGGAGAAAUAUAGGGCAAUAUGUGUGUCCAGAUUGUGGUAAGAUAUUCACCCGGACUGAUCACCUUGGAAGACACCGACUCAACCAUAAACCCAAAGAGCUUUUUGAAUGUGAUUUCAUGUUAGAGGUAAUUGGUGGAGGGAAGAGAAAAUGUGGGAAAACUUUUGUGAGGCGUGACUUGAAAGAUCGACAUGUUCGAAGACACAUGUCUUCUGGAAGCACAUCAAGAGUCAAUUGGUCGAGUGUAAGUGGUUCAUCUGUAUCUUCACACGAGUCAUCAUUAACUAUAGAUUCUCCAAGAAUGCGGAGCAUGUCCAUAAAGAAAGAACCAUCAAAGAAUUUGAACAAUCAGCAGAAUGCACUUGUACGUUCUCAGUCUGCUGCCGAAUCUCCACUUCAAAUAUCAAAUUUAAUACAUGCUGCUGAGUCUAAUGAUACACUGUCGUUUAUUAAGCCUGAAUUAUCCCAUAGUAAUCAAAGCAGUAAUGGAGGGUUCGGAGACUUGUUUCCAAAUGGUCGUGGUAAUGGAAUUGAUGUCUCAGAUGAAAAGAAGGCAGAGAAUACCAAAGAAGUUUACCCUCUUAAUACGAUGCAAAGUCAGAACGAACUCAUCUCCUGGUUGUUUAACGACUCAUCUCCCAAUAACAUAGUUUCUCCUAUGGAUAUUCCCAUGCAAAGUACAGCGGAAAAUAAUACAAGCAUUGCAAAUGCUUCCAUUUUUCCCAGUGGGUUCGAUCUAGGACAGUAUACCAAUGGGCAAGGUUUUCAGAGUUAUGAAUUGGCUCAAAAUAACUUGUUCAGGAGUGAGAUAAAUCCUCUUGAUGAACUUCUUCUCAAAAGCUAUAAUCAAGGCCUUGGCAAUGUGUACAACGAAGAAAACGGUAAAAGCAUUGAUUCAUUGGAUACUUCUGAAACUCCUAUCGACCAUAAAAGGAAUGGUAGUAAAGUGAGUUUCUGCCUCGCUGAAGACAACCGAUUAACUUCUUUCAAUUUCAGUCUACCUUCGACGGUGUCAUUGACAUCUCCAGGAAGCACUAACGAUUCAAACGCAACACCAACUCCAACCAAUGAUAUUUUCAGUCCCACCUUGUCAACAAAUCUACAAAGGCGAAUCCAUGAAUAUGGGUCUAGAUUUAAUAUCAUUACAAAUGAACACAUAUACAUUGACAAGAUGGUUUUGCAUCAAUUGUUUGUAUCAUUGCCCGCUUUACAGAGAAAUUUCGUGGAGCUGAUUUUCAAUGACAAGAUUUUAAUCGAAGACAGAUUCUCCUACUACUUAUCUGUGUAUUGGCUUGUAUUCCAUCCUCAGUUUAAUAUUCUACACAAAUCAUCCUUCAAAACAAAAGAAGCAGAACCAUUAUUAAUAUUAUCCAUGAUUCUAGUUGGGUGUAAUUAUUGUACUCCAGCAGACAAACCAGAUCAUCUUAGCCAACCCCGUUCAAAAUCCCCAGAGUAUAAAUUGGCAUUGGCUAUUGCUACCCCGUUACGAUUUGCAGUUUUUCAGCAUGACGGCUUUAAAUCGCCUGUAAAGCUCUGGGUUUUGCAAAGCUUGAACUUAUUGGAAUGGAGUGAAAAGAACUUCCUUUCAAGAGCAAUGCAUGAACGAGCUCACAUUCAUCAUAGUACGACAGUUCAACUAAUGAGAAGAUCACAUGUAUUGGGUGGAAAUCCUGCCAGUGACAAGCCUAAUUCAUCCACAGAAGAUGAGUUUGAUGCUGAUAAAGUUAGAGAGAACCACGAUAAAAAUGAUUAUCAGCUAUAUAAAAAGUGGGUGGAGUCCGAAUCCUUCAAAAGAGUUACAUAUAUGACUUUCUAUUUGGAUAUUGCUGAUUAUGUAAAAUUCCGUCAUAAUCCAGUUAUCUUUUUUCAUCAAUUGCAAUUAUUGAAGUUACCCUGUGAGGACGAACUCUGGGAAGCAACUGAUGUGAAUGGAUCCUUCUAUAAAAUUAUGAAAAAGCAGAAAAAGUUGGCAUCCACCAAGAGCGGUUUGAACCCUAACGAAUCCUUCUUAAACGUGGUAAAAAAAUUGUUGAAAGUUAGUUCAGUCUUGAACUUGGUACCAUCUCCUUUCACAAGAAAAAUAUUAUUCGGUGGGCUUUUAUCAAUCAUGUAUCAAAUGCAGCUGUUUGAACUACAAAAUUCGUCAUCAUUAAUUGCAUUACCAAGCAACUCAAACUUUCAGGAAUGGAAAGACCUUAUAAGCAUUGCUAUUGAUAACUUCUCACGAUCAGUGAAAGAGAAUUGCAAGACAGUGAAAUUGAACAAAUCUUCCAUGAAGUUACUUGAUGGAGGUAUUUCGACUUGUAAGUUUUCAAUUUAUCAUUUAGCUCAUAUUGUGGGAUUAGGAGACUUAAAUACUUACGACUGUUCGAUUUUUUGUGGCUCCCCUGCUAAUCAAAAUGUUAUCAUUACAAUGAAAGAUAGACUCAUUGUCGAGAGAAAAUUACUGAAUAUUUGGUCAAAGGAUUUUCAUAAAGAUAUGAAUGGAAAUGAUGUCAUCAACCUCAAAGGUAUUGUACACUGCUAUAUAUUCUUGUGGGAAACUCUCUUAGAUCAUGAAAAGGGACAACAGAAGAAAGAAAUAUGGAAUCCUGGAAAGGACUACUUCGAUAGCAUGUUUGCGUUAAGUUUAGUAAUGCAAAUAUUGUGGAGUUAUUGCUUCUUGACCUCAGGAAUUGAAUCCACUAGAUAUGCAGAUAUCGAAGAUAGCAUGUACCUGUUGACUUUUGAGAAAUUGGUGGAUUUAAGUGCCGAAAGUGGCUAUGAGUAUUUACAGAGGGUCAGACAAGAGUUUAUGAUGAAUUUAAGACGAGAGAAUUUGCAUCAUUCUCAUGCCAUUGAGAACCUCUAUAAAGCAGAUAGUAAGAUCCUGCCUCAUGAGAUCACCUCAAAGUAUGGUGAAAUCUUGUCAAAUAUAAGCAACAAGCAAAAUAUUAGUGGAUUGUGUUUUCUCAUAGGAACCAGACUAUAUAAUAGUCAAUGGGAGCUCGUCAGAGAGAAUGGAAAGCUUAUCAUAAACUGUGGGAUGAGAUCUAUCGGAAAGAAAGAAGUUUUCUGUUCUGAUGUGUUUGAUGUGGAGUUACUAGAUUAA